GCCCAAGUAGCCCAUACUGCCUUUAUGUACGUUAUUAUCUUGCUCUGCCCCAGUAGUUUCGAUUGGAUCCGCCACUACUCUCAACUGUACGACAACAAUCUUGUUUGUGAAAAUGUAUCAAAGAACUUCCGCAGACAAAGAACAAUGCACUGUUGUAACAAGAAGGUCUACUCGUUUUCAUCCCAAAAAUCACCAAGGAUCAGAAGAUCCAAAGACUCCUGAUAUCAAACAGAGGGAAAUUCGCAAAAAAUCUACAAAUAAGAAGCCGGGGCAAGUUACAAGAGAGGCCAUAGAAAAGUCCGGAGCUGCUAUAGAUACCACAAAUUCAUGUCCUGCUGAAGUUGAAUGUUUAACCAAAUUUUCGAACACCAAUGGCUCCAUUAUUCCCUCAAAUUCUAGCACGGGGCCAAGAAGAUCCUCAAGAUUAAAUUCGCAGAGUAGCCAAGCCGAGGAUUACACCAGCCUGAGACGAUCACCGAGGGUUGCAGGAAAUUGUAGCAUUCGGAAACAAUGUAUUGAAAAUAAUGAGAAAGGGGUCCCCCAGGAUGGAGUAAAGAUCAAUAUGUUUGUCACUUCAUCAAAUGAAUCUAUGGUUAAUCUGGGGAAGAGGGUUACUAGGAGUUCUUUUCAGCCCCUGGCUGAUGAAAGAAAAGCCAAAUACUCUCCUCGUAAUACCAAGAAAAGGCCCCCCCGAGGCUGGAUUAGGGAUUGCUCUGCAAAAAAGGAACAAAGGCUGAAAGUUUUGGACUCUCCUUCGAAUAAGAACUCUGAUUUGACUCUUAAACCUGAUGGGGUAGAUGCCAGUUCUUCCAAUAAAUCUAUGGUUAGUCUGCAGAAGAGGGUUACUAGGAGUUCUUCUCAGCGUGGGGCUGAUAAAAGAAUAGCCAAGCAUAGUAGCAGAAGUGUUAUGCCUUCUACCAGCAAGUUGGAAAAGAUUGAAACGUCUCCUGCUAAACCCUCCUUAAUAGUUGCAAUCAAGGGAAUAGAUAAAACUGAGGAAAUUAAUGAUUUGGGAGACAAAGACCGAUGUGUGAAGAGGAAGAAAGCAAAGAGAGAAGAUGGGCAUUUUACUAUUACAAAUAAAGGGUGUUGGACCAAGGAGCAAGAGCUGGCAUUGCGAAGAGCAUAUAUUUCUGCCAAGGCAACACCUCACUUUUGGAAGAAAGUUGCAAAGAUGGUGCCUGGGAAGUCAGCACAGGAAUGCUUUGACAGGAUACAUUCAGAUCACAUGACCCCACCCCAACCCUGCCAACGUUCAAGGGCAAGACAGGCAACAUCAUUGCCUUUAUCCUCUCUCAGCUCAAGCAAAUUGCUUCAACCGGCUAAUCCAAAACCAAAGAGACUCAUUUCCAAAAAAGCACUAAGAGAGAUGUUAAAUAAGCAGUGCAAGGUAGAUAACCAUACUAUAGAAAAGGACCUCUACAGUUUACUUGAGGAGGAGUCAACAAAAACAACAGAUUAUCAUCUUCUAACUAGCAGCAGUUCUGAAGUACUUACCCCUGAGAUGAAGUUAGAUCGCCCAAGUAACUUUGCACGGUUAAGUAACUUGGCGGAGACCACAACCACUCUCUUUAGCCCUCCUGUUUUAAAGCCAAUCAAGAACAAAGCCUUGCAUGACAGAUACAUUGAUCAGUUGCUUUGCAGGGAGGCUAAGAGGAAAGCUGCGUUUAUAAGAAAGUCAAAGCAUAACCAAGUCAAGGAUGAAGUAGAUCAACAAAAAGUAGAUGCAAAAACAAUUCAGGCUGCAAAGAGUGCUCUCAUCUUUGAUGCAAGAGAUGCUAUCCAACAGUUCAAGAAUGUGCAAAUAAAUCAGUUUGGAGAUGCCUCUGGUGAUGGGGAAGAUGAUGAUGGUUUUGGUUACAAUGAUGAUGAUGAUGAUGAUGAUGAUGAUGAUGAAGAGGACUGAGUUUGGGAUGUUUCCUGUCAUUAUUUUUAGACAAUGGUAGGAAGCUACUAUUAGGUCUGACAGAGAGACCAUAGUAGGAUGCUACUAAUAAGACUUGAGCUUUUCUCCUAUCUCACCACUAUUAGAUUAACACCCCCAAGAAACUCAUAUCCGAUGGCAGGGUGGUUCUACCUAGCUUCUACCAGCCUUCUCUGCCGCAGGAGUAUUACUUAAUUAGUACUAAUGAGGAUAGAAACAAAGGCUGUGUUAUAGCCUGUCUUAUUUCUUAGAUUUCUGUGCUCUACAAUUGGUUUGUUAUCUCCUAAAGGUGUAAACUUUGAAGCUUUAAUGAAUAUAAAAGCCUGUCUGAAAGACCUUCACGGUGUUCUUGAUCGAUGGGAUUCUAACGCUGCUGAUCCUUGUAGCUGGUCCAUGGUUACUUGCUCUGGAGAUGGUUCAGCUGUUGGACUAUGAGCCCCAAGCCAGAGCUUAUCUAGAAAGCUCUCUCCAAACAUGGUAAACUUGACAAACAUCCAGACCAUAACAACAACAUAACUGGACUCAUCCCAGAUGAGAUUGGACACCACUCUAAUCUUCUAUCUCUUGAUCUUUCCAACAAUCUUUUUACUGGGAAAAUCCCAUCUUCUCUGGGUGCACUUGCAAAGGCUCAAGUAUAUCAUUGCAGGAAAUCCUCUGAUAUGUGUCACCAGGUCCGAGUCAUACUGCAAAGGCAUGACUAUGCUGCCUAUGUCAAUGCCAGUAUACACUUCAGGAAAUCGAAAUACCAGGUUAAGAAAAUUCAGAGAAGAACCUUGAUAUACUUGUGAACCAAGUAGGCUUGAGAGGCAAAUAUGAUGAGAUAGAGAUAGAGGAAAUGGUGCAAGGUUCUUUACUAUGCACCCAUUAUCUUCGGGGCCAUAGGACCAAAAUGUCUGAAGUGGUUCGAGUGCUCAAAGGCAAUGGGCUUGCGGAGAAAUGGGAAGCAUCUCACAAAGCAGAACAGUCACAGAAGUACGUGAUGACACACAUGUUCUCAUCACCGGAGCGUUUUUCAGAUGUCAUUAAUGACUCUUCUGUGCUUGCUCAAGCCAUGGAGCUCUCCGGUCCAAGGUGAGCCCUGAAGCCGAAGUGGAUGCCAACUGGUUAUUUAGUACAUAGAGUGAAGUGAGAUUUUUAGAAGGUGUGCAUAUACAUAUGGCUAAAGAAGGCUGCCCCGACUAGAGUGUUUAUUAUUAUGUUGCAUAGGAGUGUAAGACGUACGAAAUUAAUGACAUCGACUGGGUUUGGUUUUCCCAGUGAAUGAGAACUUUGGUAGAUGACAUUCUUUGUACAAGAGAACAAAGAGAACUUUCGGUUUGUUAUAACUAGACUAGAUGAUGAUAAAGGCUAACAUGGAAAAAUUUCAAGUGUUCAAGGUUAAUCCAUUAGAUGCAGCAGUGGAUUGAUUGGGUUCAGAAAUUGGUGAUGGGAAUAU